GACUCUGAAAGAGAGAGAGCGAGAGCCGGGCAGCGCAUCUUUCCUUGGCGCGCAUCGUCACUUCAGGACAUCCACGCUCAUGCGGUCCUGAGCUAGAAGACACGACGGAUUUCACGGAAUGAUCACAUCGAUAACCACUUCCCAUAUUGAUUUUAUCGGUGGUUUUAUUGAUCCAGCUGAGUCUCGAGCAUGAUUUCUUUCCUUGCCGCGUUUGGAAGUGACUGGCUGCAGGUGUGCCAGGCUCGCUUUGGCAAUAUGUAAUUUUGGGAGCGACGUUGAAGUGCACUACUUUUGGGAGUGUGUAUUCUUUGCUCUUAAAAAAACACACGUUUUCUAUUCUUAGUAGCCCAGGACACCCUCUCAUUCAACGCAAUGGCUCUUUGAAUUGACAGCACGGUGAUCUUAACCAUUCGGAAACUGUUGUGCAGGACUGGUUUGGGGGAAAAAUGAAAGCAUCAAUUCCUUUUCUGAUCCUACUUCACGCAGUUGUGGUCCAUUGCUUGAAAGUGGUGUCAAAGAGAGGUUCAGUGGAAGGAUGCACUGACUGGUCCGUGGACUAUCUGAAAUACAAGGUGCUCCUGGGCGAACCUGUUCGGAUUAAGUGUGCUUUAUUCUACGGCUAUAUUCGGGCCAACUACACGCACGCUCAGAGCACAGGACUCAGCCUGAUGUGGUACAAAAGUGCGGGGCACGGUGACUUUGAAGAGCCCAUCAGCUUUGACGGCACACGGAUGAGCAAGGAGGAGGACGCCAUAUGGUUUCGGCCAGCUGAAAUGGAUGACGCGGGGUACUAUUCCUGCGUACUAAGGAACUCCACCUACUGCAUGAAGGUCUCCAUGUCUCUCACAGUCGCAGAAAAUGACACAGACCUCUGCUACAACUCCAAGAUGAGGUUCUUCGAGAAGGCAGAGCUGAGCAAAAGCAAGGACAUCACCUGCACCGGCAUUGAAGAUUACAUCCAAGCAGGAGUGGAGCCUCAGAUUGUGUGGUACAAGGAGUGCAAGCCAAAGCAGUGGAGACAGACAAUCGAGAUGAGGAGCGACACACUCUCCAUCAAGGAAGUCUGGGAAGAUGACAUUGGGAAUUACACCUGCGAAUUACAGUUUGGAAACUUUGUGGUACGGAGGACCACGGAGCUCUCUGUCACAGCUCCUCUGACAGACAAGCCACCCAAAAUCCUCUCCCCAUCCGAGAGCCAGACGAGCAUCAUUGAAAUGGCACCAGGAAGUCCGGCCAACCUGACGUGCAGAGCGUUCUUUGGCUAUAGCGGUGAUAUCAGCCCGCUCAUCUACUGGAUGAAGGGGGAAAAGUUCAUUGAGGAUCUGGAUGAGGAGCGGGUCCAAGAGAGUGACAUUAAGACAAUCCGUGAGCACUUGGGGGAGCAAGAGGUGUCUAUCUCUCUCACCAUUGAUUCUCUGGAGGAGAGCGACCUGGGCAACUACACCUGCUACGUGGAGAACGGCAACGGUCGGCGACAUGCGAAUAUCCAACUUGUCAAGAAAGCGGAGCUCAUGUACACGGUGGAGCUGGCCGGUGGUCUGGGUGCCAUCCUCAUGCUGCUCAUCUGCCUGGUGACACUCUACAAGUGCUACCGGAUCGAGCUCAUGCUCUUCUACAGGAACCACUUUGGCAGUGAGGAUUUAGACGGAGAUAACAAAGACUACGACGCCUACCUGUCCUACACGAAAGUGGACCCCGACCAGUGGAGUCAGGAGACCCGAGAGGAGGAACGCUUUGCCCUGGAGAUCCUGCCUGACGUGCUGGAGAAGCAUUAUGGGUAUAAACUCUUCAUUCCAGACAGGGACUUGAUCCCCACAGGAAGUUUCACCAGUGAUCAUUUCCAGGAUGACACCAGACUACUUAGAGCUUACAUCGAGGAUGUUGCACGCUGCGUGGACCAGAGCAAGCGCCUCAUCAUUGUGCUGACGCCCAGCUAUGUGGUGCGGAGGGGGUGGAGCAUCUUUGAGCUGGAGACGCGUCUGCGCAACAUGCUGGUAACGGGAGAGAUCAAGGUCAUCCUCAUCGAGUGUGCAGAGUUGCGUGGCAUCAUGAACUACCAGGAAGUGGAGGCCCUCAAACACACCAUCAAAAUGCUGACGGUCAUCAAGUGGCGCGGGCCGAACAGCAACAAGCUGGACUCCAAGUUCUGGAAGCAGCUGCUGUACGAGAUGCCGUUCAAGCGCACUGAGCCCCUGAGCAUUUCCCACGAGCAAGCACUGGAUGUCAGCGAGCAGGGGCCUUUCGGCGAGCUCCAGGCAGUGUCAGCCAUCUCCAUGGCGGCGGCAACCUCCACGGCCAUGGCGACGGCACACCCGGACUUGCGCUCCACUCUCCACAACUCGUACCACACCCAGAUGAGACAGAAACACUACUACCGUAAUUACGACUACGAGCUGACGCCGGGGGGCACCCUCCCGCACCUGUCCUCCAGCAGAAACCAGCACACGUACUGCAACAUCCCCAUGACACUCCUGAAUGGACAGCGGCCACAGUCCAAGUCCCCGCGGCAGCAGAGUUUGGAGGAAGGCCACAGCAACAACGCCAUGCUGCCACUGCUGCCCCGAGAGACCAGCAUAUCCAGCGUCAUCUGGUGACAGACGCCACGGAAAGUUCUUAUCAAAGUGGAACGGCAAAAAAAAAGCAGCUGUCUUGCUCCAUGCCUGUAAAAACACAUAAACAGAAGCCAAAAACGGCUAAUAUGGCUGGGAAAGUGCCGGAAUACAGGGUCCUGUACAUAGUGUUUGUAAUUCUUUGUAGCAUUUCUUUUUGUUGAUGACAUUCUUUAUGUUGUCAGUUGGGACUUUUUGUGUUUGGGUUUCUGGAGCAACGUGUCGGACAAGCUAUAUUGUAUGUGUGUGUGUGUGUGUGUGUGUGUGUGUGUGUGUGUGCGCGAAGGGGGGGUUUGAAUGGAGGGUGUGGGAUUGAUCUCCAGGAGCGACGUCUCACACAAACUCAGGAGUCACAAGCCCCAAAGAGCGGGAGUGAUACCUGACAAAUGCUUGGCUUACGUCGCUCUUUGUAUCGGGAUGACGUGGACUUGUUACUUACCUUAACAAAUAAUUCUAUCACAGAAAAUCAAAAACCUAUAUUAUUUUAUGAAAAGAGUAUAUUUUUGUAUCAGAGGGUUAUUUGUGUGUGACAGAAGGACUUAAAUAGCAAAGAAAUUGCCUAGUUUAGACGUGCAGAAGUGCAUAGAUAGCUCUCAGCCCUCUAAUGGAAAUUCACUGUAUGUCUUACAUAGCAAGAGGGAGCAAAAAUGCAGUACUAAAGUGCAAAAGUCUUCGGCCAGUUUUAGAUUUGGAACUGGAAUGUCACACAAAGUGCAGAAUUGUUAAUAAAAGUGGGAAAAAACAGCAGAGCGCCGUAUUCAGUGUUGGGCCGAUUGCUUUAAUAUGUAAUUAAUCACCAGGGAAAGUAACUAUCCAGUUCCUUUUUUAAAAAGCAUUUAAAUAUGUGAAAUAAUUGGCAUUUAGCUUUGUAGUGACGUGUGCCGUUGAGAGAUGUCUUAUGAGAUCAACCUUGCAAUUAUCUAAAAUUCUCCAAUUCUGCCAAAACGCCAGGGGGCAGUGUUUUCCUGCGUAAUAAGAGAGCGUGUGCGUAAUAAGACACCACGUUUCACUUCAACGGCGUUAAAUAGUAAUGAAUUGCAUUACCCGUUACUGGAAAACAUUCUUUUUAACGCCUCAGCACUGGCCAUUUUUGUGUUUGUUAGCUAGCAGGCUACUUGCGGGUUCAUGGAGGAGGGCAACUUCUAGGAAUAAAUUCUUGUAUCCACGCAGCAAAGUGCAAUGGGGUCCCCAAUGGACCAAAAUGAAUAUGUAUUUUUGUUUAAUGCUGCUAUUUGUAUCUAUCUCAUCUAUCCUGUUAGAUCAGGGGUCGGCAACCCGUGAUUCCAGCCUUCAGCCUCAUUGUUUUGGAUCCCUUCACAAUGCUAGAAUUUUUUUUUUUUUUUGCACCCGAGUGGAGAAAAUGCUCAUUUUUUAAGACAGUUAAAAAUACCCGACUUUCUGUAAGACAGUGAAUGCAUCAUAGCUGAGUUCUGACUUGGAUUUUUCCCCCCCACGGUAGGCUAACCAUUAAUAUAUCCCCCCCCAAAAAAGAAACAUUUCUGUAGAAAGGUUUUUAAUUCUGAACAGACAGGUUCCGUUGUCUUCCCUGCCGACAAUGCUUGAUACGUGGCGAGAAACAACAAAAAACGUUGAAAGACGUUUUCAAAACAAGCACCUAUUUUCUGAAAAGUUGUCAGUAGAAAAGUAGGAAAAAAAAGUAGAAAGUAAACCUACACGUGUAACAGUGGCCAUCCCUGCACACGCCGGGCUUGAACCCGAACAGCGUUAGCCAGCGAGCUAAAAGGAACAGGCUGUCAAUUCGCUGGGCUGCGCAUUUCUUGAGGCAUCAGGUAGUGAGGUACGAUCACAACCCCACGAGUUGGCAUCCAUUAUAGAUGCACACUCCACUUGUGUUGGUUUAUUCUGUCAUAACAAGUAAAAUAAAGCUUCAAACUUGGAAAAGUUUAUAAGCUGUUACGUUUUGUGGCUCCAGACAAUUUUCCUUUAGUGGGCGAGGGGGCAAAAUGGCUCUUUUGAUCGUAAAUGCCGACCCCCCGUUGGGCUGACAAAGAUAGUAUUGCCCUGAGACUUUUGCACAGUACUGUAUUUGGGUAAUGUCGUAAUUGUCAAGGCUAAUUGUGACACUGUUAGCGCACCCCUGGUAGCACCUUGGAAGGAUCAGCAGCACCUCGAUGCAACUAUGCUGCUGACGACGGGGACAGAGGAAAGAGGGAAGCGUGUCAUCGCCCGAGGCCACAUCCCGUUCCUGCUGUCGGACUAGGGCUAAACCAUCACUUCCUCCUAAAUGACAGCUGUGUUAAGCCGAGCGCCAUCCCAUCUUGCCAGCAGGACAGAGGCCAGUUAAACAAUAGGGCAUACAAUAGGGCUUUGACCUUCCAACUCAGGUUGAUGUGUGUUGUUAGUUCUCUGUGCGAAAGCAGGAAUCAGUCACGAAAUGACUGCAUCUGGGUCUUUAUUUGUGUUGUUUAUGUUUUGUUAACAAGCUGAACUGUAAUUUUCUUCAAAAUAACUGGCACCAAAAGGUUCCAUCCCGAUGGCAACAAUUACACUCUGAUGCGGGAUGUGCGCAUGGAAGAACAUCAUAGUCCGUCCUUGGCAACUCUUAAGCAAAGGUCACUCAUGUCUGUUCACUUUUUGUGUUCUAGUUUAUCCCAGAGGUGCUUGACAGGGUUGAGGUCCUUGCUUUGUGAAUGUCCCUUAACUGUUCCAUGUCUUGAUAAGAUGAAGAUGGUGGAUAGGUGAAGUAAGGAGGCCAAUUCACAACAGAAGUUAUCGCAAGGCGCCUUUUAGAGGAGGUCCAGAGCAACGCUCAGUAUUGGAGAACCAACAGAUAUAAAAGUCAAGACAUUGGAGCGGUCGGGUGCUCGGUUGAUUCUGCCUUUUAGCGUUUUUAGAAAGAACUGAAGAAGAAGGAAAAGAAAGUAUAUGAAAAUACAAGCCAGUUCAAGUGAGGCAAUCCAAGAAGUCACUGACUCGUAAUCCAUAAAGGUUGAAUCGGGGCAACUUGGGACUCUUCUUGUCUGUUGAACACCGUCAGACCAAAGCUGGUUCACCCCGAGGGCAAAAUCCAGAAAAGCAAACUCCCCAUUAUUUACACAGUGCAGUGUAGUAAGGAGUGCAAUGGCCCCCACAUUGGAGAGACCCAAGUACUCUUAUACAAACGUAUGGCACAACACAACAAAAACUUUUCACAUUUCGUUCUAAAAAUUUAGUUGUGGAGUUUCCCUAUUUAUGUCCCUGGUGGGUCUGCCCCUUGGGUCUGUAGGUUGGUUGUUAUCGCCAGGUGAACGACUGUCCUGCUUAACAAUAUGUUGUUCGCCUAUCUGGUGGCACAACAACUCGUUUGAGGUCACUCUUUCUUUUGAAUGAGACAAUCUUUGGGGGAGAGAUUAUAGCAGACAGACGGUGAGACAACAGGUGAUGGUGCAAACCUCCUCUGUUUAGGAAGGGACUUUCUAGUGUGACAUACAUGGCUUUCACACCUCUAUCCAGAAUUUGGACAAUGAUUGUCCUCAAAAGAAUGUCCCUUCUUUCUAAUCAUCCAUCUUCUACCAAUUAUCCGAGGUUGGGUCACGGCGACAGCAGGGAAGCUCAGAUGUCCCUCUCCCCGGCAAUUUGGUCCAGCUCCUCCCGGCGGAUCCUGAGGCGUUCCCAGGUCGGUUGAGAGACAUAGUCUCCGGCGUGUCCUGGGUCUUCCCAGAGACCUCCUACCGGUCGGACGUGCCCUGAACACCUCCCCAAGGAGGCGUCCGAGUGGCAUCCUGACCAGAUGCCCAAGCCACGUCAUAUGGCUCCUUUAAUGUUUCUCCCGGAUGACAGUGCUUCUCACCUUGUCUCUCAGGGAGAGCCCAGCCACCCUACGGAGAAAACUAAUUCCGGCCGCUUGUACCUGCCAUCUUGUUCUUUUGGUCACUACCGAAGGCUCAUGACCAUAGGUGAGGAGAGGAACGUACAGUAGAUCGACCGGUAAAUCAUUCUUUCUCCCUUCUUUGUGAGAUGCUAAUGGACUACUGACUCUGGAUAUGAAAAAACUGCUCUCCUGUGUUGUGCCAUACUGUACAUUUGUAGAAGGGUUGUUUGGUCUCUCCAUGGUAGAGUCCAUUGCACUCCUCACUACACUGCACUGCAUAAACAACAGUGCUGAGUUUGUUUCUCUUGUUUUUGAGGCCAACCAGCUUUUGUCUGAGGGUGUUCAACAAACAAAAAGAGUUGCCCCGAUUCAACCUUCAACCAUCACCUGGAUGACAGAGAAUCUACACACUCGCUGAGAUAUUCUAUCUUCCAUCAAAACAAUGAUCAUGACCUAGUUCUCUUUUUGAUGUCUUGUUUUUAUUGACACUUUCAUGGAGUUGCAAAAACAGGCUAGUCGUAUGUGUGUGUUUUUUUUAAGCAGGAAAAUGUUUGAAUGGGAAAAAUGCGGAGAGGAUGGCGCACGAGCAGAGUAGUGUGCACGUGACUCUGCAUUGUAAAAAUACAAAGACGAGGAUUUAGAAGAAGACAAUCGAGCCAUAAUAAUCCCACUGAGGGCUUCGCAAAGCAGAAGCAGUCAUUCAGGAGGGAGUUUCAAAGUCCCAUUGCACCAAUAUAUGUUGUAAGUGGUUGCCCAUUUUUCUCUCACAAUCAAUAUUUGUGGUGACAUGGCUGUGAUGAAGAUGAGUAAAAAUGACAAAUAUAUAGCACAGAAUUAAUUCCAGGCACUUUCACUACAGCGGAGAGCCAAGGGUCUCUCCUGUUUCUGGCGUAUUUUCUAUCAUGUAUAUGCAAUGUACAUGAAAAGAGAUCAUGUUAUUAAUAAAAAAAACACACAUUUACAGUCACACCAUCCUAGUCGUUUGUGUCUGUGUGUGAAAGAACACUGUCUUGUGGAACCUUUGUGCUCUUUUAGGGACCGUCACACAAUACUUGGAAUUGGACUGACAGUAAGUAGGCCUACCGUAGAGUAUUAAGCAUUCUUGUGUGUUACGACGUGGUAUUAGGUCCACAUUGGGGAAAAAACACUCUGCGAUUUCAAGAAGGUUGUAAAUUUAGGAGAAAAAAAGGCGCAAUAUUACUUUUGCCCAAGGCCAAAGGUCACAUAAGUCUCCCCUUUUCAUAGCUGUCUCAGGCAAGGCGCGUUACGACGGAGAAUUAAAAUAAUCGGAGACUUCGAGAAUAGAGUCGUAAAUUUACGACAAUAAAGUCGUAAAUACACAAGAAAAACUCGUAAUAUUACAAUAACGAAGUCCUACAUUUACGAGAAAAAACUCGUAACUAU